ACGCGAUGGCCCACUAAAGCAACAAGUUUUGAUCGAACCGAACGCAGGCGCCCCUCUCAUGGUGGUGCGACGCAGGUGAAACAAAACCCUGUAUUGCGAUCGGACUCAUUUCCAUUUUCCACACCCGCCCAAAUUUGACUCGAUCCCUCUCUCACCCGCUUCCUCUUCCUCUCCCUCUCAGUUCUAAUCCUCCAAUCAGAUUCAGAUCUCUAGGCCAAAGACCUGGAUCGCUACAUUUCACUCUACAGUUUCAUGUACGGAGAAUUGAGGUUCUGAGUCGUCGACGCGUUACUGAGUCACUGACCGAGUCGCGAUGGCGGGGAAGACCGACUCGGUGUCGAUUCGGGUGCCGUACCGGAACCUGAAGGAUACGGAAGUUGAAAUGAUGGGGAUGGAUGAUGAGCCUCAUCAUCGGAUCGACCUCAAUUCCACUAGGCCGUCUCCGUCGCAGUCGCCGUCUUCGUCGUCGUCCGCUAGGGUUCCGAACGGGAACGGCGAUCUUCCGCAGCCGCAGAGUCUACCGGUUCCCAAUCAGAACACCCUGAUGACUCUAAUUCUCAGCUGUACGGUUGCCGCCGGUGUUCAGUUCGGUUGGGCUUUGCAGCUUUCGCUCUUAACUCCCUAUAUACAGACACUUGGAAUUGGGCAUGCAUUUUCUUCGUUUAUUUGGCUUUGUGGCCCUAUUACAGGCCUUGUGGUUCAACCCUGCGUUGGUAUUUGGAGUGACAAAUGCUCUUUAAAAAUGGGAAGAAGGCGCCCCUUCAUACUUGCAGGAUCUCUCUUGAUCUCUAUUGCCGUGGUAUUAAUCGGAUUUUCUGCAGACAUUGGAUACUUAUUAGGAGAUACACACGAGCAUUGCAGAACCUUCAAAGGUACCCGAACAAGGGCUGCUUUUGUCUUUAUUAUUGGAUUUUGGUUGCUGGAUCUUGCCAAUAAUACAGUUCAGGGGCCAGCGCGUGCUCUUCUAGCAGAUCUAUCAGGCCCUGAUCAACGUAACACAGCAAAUGCUGUGUUUUGCUCAUGGAUGGCUGUUGGUAACAUCCUAGGAUUUUCUGCUGGAGCAAGUGGAAAUUGGCACAGGUGGUUUCCUUUCUUGUUGAGUAAAGCUUGCUGUGAAGCCUGUGGAAAUCUUAAAGCAGCAUUUCUUAUAGCAGUGGUAUUUCUCUUGUUUUGUACACUUGUUACUAUAUAUUUUGCUGAGGAGGUUCCACUCACUGCAUAUCAGCCCAUGCGUAUAUCAGAUUCUGCUCCUUUAUUGGACGAUCCACAACGAAAUGGUUUCGAACAUUCAAAAUUAAAGUCUGAUAUGCAUGUUAUAGAUACUGCCAAUCAGAACAGAGCUGCGAAUGGCUAUGAAAGAGAUAGAAAUGUAAAACAUCCCAUGCCAAAUGUUGAGGAAGUUCAGAAUGGUGGUUUUAAUGAUGGUCCUGGAGCAGUGUUGGUCAAUCUAUUGACCAGUUUAAGGCAUUUACCACCCGCAAUGCAUUCAGUGCUCAUUGUUAUGGCUCUUACUUGGUUAUCCUGGUUUCCGUUCUUUCUUUUUGAUACGGAUUGGAUGGGGAGGGAAGUUUAUCAUGGAGAUCCCGCAGGGAACUUGUCUGAAGUACACACUUAUGAUCAGGGUGUCAGACAAGGUGCAUUCGGUUUAUUAUUGAAUUCAGUCGUUCUUGGAAUUAGUUCUUUCCUAAUUGAGCCAAUGUGUAAGCGGAUGGGGGCAAGGCUAGUGUGGGCAAUGAGCAAUUUUAUUGUGUUUGCCUGCAUGGCAGGCACUGCUAUAAUAAGUUGGAUAUCUGUAGGAGAGUAUUCUAAAGGGAUAGAACACGUAAUUGGAGGGAAUGAUAAUAUCAAAAUUGCUUCCCUGAUUGUUUUUGCUCUUCUUGGGUUUCCUCUCGCUAUCACAUACAGUGUUCCCUUUUCUGUUACAGCUGAGUUGACUGCUGAUGCAGGCGGUGGACAAGGACUGGCUAUAGGAGUUUUGAAUCUGGCAAUUGUCAUCCCACAGAUGAUUGUGUCUCUCGGUGCGGGGCCAUGGGAUGCUUUAUUUGGUGGAGGAAAUAUACCUGCCUUUGUUUUGGCUUCUUUUGCUGCCCUUGCUGCUGGCAUUUUUGCAGUUCGCAGGCUACCAAAUCUAUCAAACAGUUCUUUCACAUCGAGUGGUUUUCAUUUUGGCUAGUGACGAGCAGCUGUUUAGGUGAUAACCACACCAUGCGUGACUCUUUAUCAACAAUACAGGAGCAUUGGCUCCCUGAGGAAUGGCUCUGACAUUUUGCGUACGUAUGACAUUCUUAUCAAAAGAAUUACCCAUUCCAUAUUCAAUUCAUUCAUUUUUUCCACAAUUUUAGUGAGUAAUCUGUACUCAAUGUAGAGUGUAUAUUGUCAGUUAUUAUGAAAAGGAUCUACUUGCAUAUAUUUCUCACUUACUCAUUGUUUUACUAAAUCUAACUAAGCAUAUUUUGGCGUAGUGAAUAAAGCGCUUGGCGAUUAUUGUAAUAUUUCAUCUACACUGUAUAUAUAUUCAGCAGGAGGUAAUUGGUAUGUGCAUGUAAACGACACCUAUUUGUCAACAUAACUGAUGUAUCAUUUGGAAGUCGAUGUUAUUGGAAUACUUAAAAAAUCAGAAGAAAUCUAGGCUAAUUUAUUUGAACUCUGUUGCUGGUGA